AGUAGAAUCCAGAAGUCCCGGUUACAAAACUAUCUCUAAUUAUUUAGCCAAAUAUUUAAGUAAAAGUUUUCAUUUACGCUCUCUUUAUGCUCAGCAUGGUUUAAAAGAUAAUCACAAAACUUAUCGGUUUUUUAAGCAUCUUUAUCAAUAUGAGCAAAACCAGGUUCUCCUAAUUGGUCAACAGAGAUUAGAUGGUUUAACUGGUCAACAUUUACCCAAAAAUCAAAAAGUAUUUCGUAAAUUCAAUUAUCGAACUUCUGAAACUAGUUAUUUUUACCGCACUCAAGAAAAACUAGUGGGCAAGUGUGCUAAUCCGGUGCUGAUCAAAAAGAACUAUCGUUUAGGAACUCGUUCUUUAAAUUCUUUAAACUUGCUAAAUUUAGCUACUAAGCACUCCCAAAAAGAACUUUAUCAGUUUAAAAAACCGCUAAAACCAACUCUGCAAAAUGACUUUCAAGAAUUUUUAAUCACUAGACUUUUACUACUCUGUAAAAAAGCGGAAUUUUUACAUAUUCCGCUCGAACAAGAGCAAGUUCCCAAAGAACUUGCUAACUGUGAUCAAACUAUUCGUAAUCACUUUAAGCAUCUACCAGUUUUACAUUUCUCUUUUUUACCGGAACAAGCAUCUUUAAUUAGAGCAUUUAUGGCUAAAUUAGAUGACUAUGCUUCAGAAUAUGAUUUAGCAGAAAGUAAAGAAUUUCUUACUUAUCCGCUAGCUCAUAAUGCUCAACAUGAAACUAUCACUAAACUAGGAGGUUGCUGUGGUUGUGAUCCCACUAAAUUAAGAAACCAAUAUUUAGAUAACUGGUAUUUAGAUUACUCGGCUAAUAAUACUGAUUACCGAAAAGCAUCUUUUUAA